AUAUCUAAACACUUCAACGUUGCUUUGCAAUGCAUUUUUUUUUUUUCAGAGAGAUAGAUCUAGAUCAAUAGAUAGUUUUAAAUGCCAGAAAGGGUGCACCUGUGGCCCGAAUUUGUAGAAAAUGAGCAAGAUGAAGUUGAAAGAUUCAAAGACAUUGCGAUUAUUUUUCUCAUCUCCCUUCGGUGGCAUGGAGGAAGAGAGAGAAGAGCUUACAAGGAAGUAUUUCCCCCAGUUUCAACAUUUGUGUAAUUCCCGCGGCAUUCAGUUUGUUCCCGUGGAUAUGAGAUGGGGAAUCACAUCAGAAGCUGCAGACAAUGCUCAAGUUAUAAACAUUUGUCUCAGGGAGAUUGAUAGAUCAGAUGUUUUUAUAGGAUUCUUUGGCCAGCGUUAUGGAUGGCAUGGAGAGUCAGAUGAACUUUUGCAGCGCAACUUUGACAAUGCCAUGCAAAAAUAUCCUUGGUUGGUUAACUACAGAGGGAAAAGUGUCACAGAGCUGGAGUUCUUGCAUGGGCAUUUAAAUAAUCCUGGGGCAAUUCCAGCAUCCAUAUGCUUUAGAGACAAGGCUUACGAUGAAGCUGUGCAACAAGAAUGCUUAGCAAAAGAUAAAAAGUCAAAAAUGGUGAAAUACAUGGCUGAAAGUGAUCACUCUACAAUGUUAAUGAAAGAUCUGAUCCAAAGAGUUAAGGAGACUGAAUCAAAGUGUCUUGGUUUGUUACUAGAUUAUAAAAAUCCUAUUGAGGGAGCUAAAUUUAUGUUUGAAAGUGUUUGGGAGUGUUGUAAAGAGCUAGUCUCUGGUAGCGAAUCUCAAGUUGUAAGCCAACUAGAGCAGAACAGACUAUUUCAUGACACGUUUAUGGCAUUCAGAACAUCUCUAUAUUAUGGUGGUGAAGUUUAUUUUGAUCAACUUAGACCUGAUUCAUUAAAGGAUCACCCAACAGUUCUAGUCAGAGGGUCAGCUGGUUGCGGAAAAUCAGCAUUGUUGGCUAAUUAUGUAAAAUGGCUGAAAGAAAGUGAAGAAGAGAUCAAUUUAAUCUAUCACUUUGUAGGCUGUGCUCAAGGAACUACCAAUUCAAAAAGUAUUCUUCAGCGCAUUUUGUCUGAACUGCAGCACAUCAAUGGCACAGAGACUAAAGAGGAUUCUAGUGCUGCACAGUCUUUGGCUCAAACUAAAGUCAGCAACAAAUUUCAUGAGAUUUUCCUCAAAGUAAAAACUGAGAUGCAACAAGCAUCUUCUAAUGGCAAGAAUGUUCUUAUUAUAAUAGAUGGCUUAGAGAAAGUCAAUGCAUCGUCUAAAACAGAAAAGCAUCUUUACUGGAUACCAGAAGAGUUUCCACCUGGAGUUUCAUUGAUAGUCUCCACUGAAAACACUGACCUAAACACAAUUGAUCUCCUGGUUCACCAAAAACAUUUUUAUGACAUUGAAAUUCUUCCAUUAGAUACAGUCACUCAGGAAAUCAUUUCUAAGGAAACUUUAUUAAUAAAAGGUAAAGAGUUGUCUCCACAUCAGCUUGAGAGAAUAGUGAGAGUUGAACAGACUAAGAAUCCACUAUUUCUUAAAAUUGUUUUAUCUGAAAUCUCCAUUUAUGGUUAUUUUAGAUUGCUGGACAAGAAAAUUGACUCCCUCAUAUAUUGUGAUGGUGUAAAAGAUCUACUUACCAAAGUCCUAGAAAGACUGGAAGAAGAUUAUAAUUCUAAUAAUUUAAACAGCCCAUUAGUGCAACAGGUUCUGAGUGCUAUUGCUGUCUCUCACUGUGGUUUAUCAGAAGAAGAACUUGUGAAAAUGUUUUGUCUCAGCUCAACUAGUUGGUCUCCCUUUUAUUUUUCAAUGGAAAUCUUUUUUAUUAAACAUGAAGGUUUAUUAAGAUUUGCUUUUUUAGAGUUUGAAAAUGCUGUAAAAGAAAGAUAUCUGAAGUCUCCUGAUGAAAGAGAAGUUGCCAUUAAAAAAUUAGUUAACUACUUUGAAAAACAGAGACAGAAUGAUAUACAGACCCCAGAGAUGCUGUUCAGUAUGGUGAUAAGAAGAGUAGCUGAAGAACUGCCAUACCUACAGAGUGAAAUCAAUGACAAACAUGGGCUCAUCAAAACUUUAAGUGAUGUCAGAAUUUUCCAUGUUCUGGAAAAGAAAAAUGAAUAUGAGCUUAUAGAUCUGUUGAAUUGUACAGGAUGUAAACAGGAUGAAAUAGUUGAGUUACUCUUUGCAUCCUAUGACAAGGCUAUUACUCAUUUAUAUAAUUAUCAGCAGGAGAAUGAGACAAUAAAUGAGGAGCCUCCAGGGUAUUUGCUUAUGCCAGUUCUAGAAUCUAUGAAGAAGAUAUUUUCUAUUGCUAAUUAUCAUAGAGCACAUGUAAAAACUCUCCUUCGAAUCAUUAACAUAUUGGAGGGCAUCCAUAACAAAGUAAAUGAUACUAUAAGACAGACUAAACUCAGAGAAAAUAGAUAUUUUUUGGCCUGUGCGUAUGUGGAUAAUACAGAAUAUGAUAAAGCGCAGGAGCUUCAUGAAUCUGUCAUGAUGGAAUGCAGGAACAUGCUGGAACUCAUCAAGGAAGAUAAAGUAAUCAAGCAAACACUUGCAUAUACAUGUAAUGGACUUGGCAUUUUGCAUUUGAAGCAGCAACAUUAUGAAGAGGCUGAGUCUCUGCUAAAAGAAUCACAGAUAUUGCAUACAGAAAUUGAAAAUGAACUUUGUGCAGCAGAAGCUGUCCAGAACCUGGGAAUAGCAAAACUAGAAACUAAUCAACCAGAUGUGGCUUUAAAACAUUUUCAAGAAGCAAUGAAGGUGUUAGAAAGUGUAUAUUUUGGUCACCUCCCCCUGGAAGUGGGAAAUCUGCUGACAAAUAUGGCUCUUUGUUACAGACGAAUGGAGGACUUUGACUUGGCUGAAGCUAUGUAUCAAAGAUCUUUACAAGUGAAAGCUAAAGCUGUUGGUUGGAAUCAUGAAGUGAUUGCAACUUGUUAUAUGAAUCUUGGGACUCUUGAGUUCUAUCGUAAGAACAAUUGUAAAGCUGAGGAGUACACAAGGAAAGCUAUUGAAAUUUAUGAGAAAAAUGAAGUCAAGCUAGAGCAGAAUGAGAUGUGGAUGGCUCAGGAGAAUCUUGUUGCAAAUCUUAUUGCACAAGAGAAAUGGGAAGAAGCUUUGCCCAUUUUCCUCAAAGUUUUUAAGUUGGUGAAAAAAGAGAAUCUGAUAGACCAAGCAUCAGCAUCAAUUCACAGAGAAAUGAUCCGCUAUAUGACCCAUGUGAAGAUGUUUGAAGAGUCAGCUGAUGUUGCCAUUUGUCAUAUUAAUUCCCACAAACAAAGGCAGCCAAUUUUCUAUCUGCUGUUAGACUUCUGUGACAGACAGGCUGCUUUAUCUUCUGAAAGCCAACCACCCAAGAGGGAUAAAACACUUAGUGUUAGAUAUGCACUUGAGGAAAUUUGGCCAGGCAAUAAUGAACUGACAGCUUAUAUUGCCCAAACAUAUCUAGUACCAGACAAUAACCUUGCAGAACUACUCACACUGGUAAAUAAAAUGGAUGAAAUGAAUCCAAAUUUUACUUGGACCUGUUAUAAAGUUGCAGAAGAAUGGUGUGCUGAUAAUAAAAAAAUGGCCUUAGCCGUGUUGACAAAAGGUUUAGAAAAAUACCCAGAUUCUAGUUACUUGAAGAGCAAACUUUUUGAUUGUCACAGAGAUCUCAAACAAUUCACUGAAGCAUAUUCUUUGGUUAAAGAAGUUAUAGCUUCCGAACCUGAUAACCAAGCACUUUUGCUAGUGGCAGGAGAUGUUGCAUGUAAAACUGGAGACCUUGAACUCUGCAUGGAAUUGUGGGCAAAAGUAUCACUUAUGCCUGAUACAAAUUUAUCACAAAUGGCCAAGUCAGCUCUUAAAAAUAUUCAAGAUUACCUAGAUUCAGAAGACAAAACCAAUACGUAGUUAGAAAUAAAAUGAAGUCAAUUGCUCAAACAUUGUAUUUAUAAAUCAUAAUUUAUUUACACCUUAUACAUCACAAAAUUGUCAUUAAUUUAAUUUAAUUCCAUGUUUAUUGCCAGUUAUUGAUUCAUGUAUGUUCAUAAAAUGAUCGUUUCUUGUCAUUACAUUUGAAUAACUAGUAAAUGUUAUUGCUACCCAAUUUUUAUAAUCCUGUAUCUUGAAUCAAGUAGAGAAAUUCAUAUGAUUAUUAUAUAAUGUAAAUAAAAGUUAACAUUUAAAAUGUGUUGUUUAUUUAGUGUGGCUUUAUAUUGGCUAAAUAAAGACAAAUAAGAAAAUUACUUUUUUUUUAAAACGUAGUAUCAAUUAGUUUGGAUCAGUCAUGUAAUUAAAUUUGUAACAGAUCAAGAUGUAACAAUAAUCAAUCAUUGCGAUUAGAAAUAUUUUUACCAAUUGUUUUUGUUCAGCGCAAUUUCAUGAUUUUAGCUUUCUCAAUAGGCUACGAUCCUUUUCACUUGUCUGGACCAUGUGGGAAAGGGUUGGGGUGAGAAAGAAGGGGUAUCAGGGUGAAUGUUACCAUGAUUGCUGUUAUUAUAAAGUUUACAUUUUUUAUCACUAUUAUUAAGUUUAUAAAAAUUCAUGAUUUUAGCUUUCUGAAUAAGCUAUGAUCCUUAUCACUUGUCUGGACCAUGUGGUAAAGGAGUAGGUUGAGAAAGAAGGGGUAUCAGGGUGAAUGUUACCGUGACCACUUUUAAAA